GGCUUUGGCCUGGGAGUUUAUCGGGCCCCCGCCCCACUGUCCUGCUGGCCGGAGGGUUGCACACGGACUCGGCUCAGGUUUCCUCUCCUUUCCCUCUCCCUUUCUGCCUGUUCUUCCUCUUCCUCCCCGCCACUUUCCACCUCCACUGCUCAGGGCCCUACGCGGCUCCUGGUAGCCAUGGAAAACACACCGCUUCACAUCAUCGAGCAGCCCCUGGCGGGGUACCCCGAGGCCGGGGUCCCAGAGUCGUCCCAGCCCGAGGCGCCCGCGGAGGAGCUGUCAGGGGGCCCCGAGGACCUGAUCAAGUCCGAUCAAGUGAACGGAGUGCUGGUGCUGAGCCUGCUGGACAAGAUCAUUGGCGCCGUCGACCAGAUCCAGAAUACCCAGACCCAGCUGGAGGAAAGGCAGGCGGAGAUGGAGGGGGCCGUGCAGAGCAUCCAGGGCGAGCUGAGCAAACUGAGCAAGGAGCACGGCACCACGAGCAACACCGUCAGCCAGCUCCUGAAUAAGGUGCGCAAGGUCAGCGUCAACGUGAAGACCGUGAGGGGCAGCCUGGAGCGCCAGGCCGGCCAGAUCAAGAAGCUCGAGGUCAACGAAGCGAAGCUGCUGCGGCGCCGGAACUUUAAAGUCAUGAUCUAUCAGGAUGAAGUGGAACUGCCAUCCAAACUGAGCAUCAGCAAGUCCCUGAAGGAGUCUGGGCUGCAACCAGAGAAGGAAAAUGAUGAGCUAGUUGAAGGGGGAGAGAAGCCUGAUGAUGCUACCGUGGAGCUGUCCUCUGACGAGGCAGUAGAAAUUGAGGAAAUCAUUGAGGAGUCCAGAGCUAAGCGCAUCAAGAAGAGUGGCCUUCGGCGAGUGGAUGACAUCAAGAAAGCCUUUUCCAAGGAGAAAAUGGAGAAGACGAAGGUGCGCACCAGGGAGAACCUGGAAAAGACCCGACUGAAGACCAAAGAAAACCUGGAGAAGACAAGGCACAACCUGGAGAAGAGAAUGAAUGAGCUGGGCACAAGGAUCGUGACGGCUGAGCGCCGUGAAAAGAUGAAGACAUCCCGCGACAAGUUGCGCAAGUCCUUCACCCCUGACCACGUGGUUUAUGCCCGCUCCAAGGUCACUGUCUACAAGGUGCCCCCCUUUACCUUCCAUGUCAAGAAGAUCAGAGAAGGGGAGGUGGAAGUUGUCAAGGCCACGGAAAUGGUGGAGGUGGGCGGUGAGGAGGAUGGGGUGGAAGAUAAUGGCGGUGAGGGUACCGAUCUCCUGAGAGGGAGCAGUCCUGACAUGCACACCCUGCUGGAAAUCACUGAGGAGUCAGAUGCAGUGCUAGUGGACAAGAGUGACAGCGACUGAGCCAGACAGCGAGGAAAAUGAAGAGCUGUGCUCCCCCAAGGCUCGGGGGAUGGAGGAGUGGGAGUAAGCCUACCCCACUCUCCCAUCCCCAGAGCCUUUCAUAUUUUGAACUCUGUCUCUCUUUCAUUCUGUCUGUCUGUCUGUCUCUUGGCCCCAAGCUGGGGCACUGGCCGAGAGUUUUAUAAAUUGAAAAUAUAUCAUUAAGAAUUCGCCCCUUUCCCCUUGAUUUCCCUAUCUUUUAGGGGGAAAGGAGACUCGGCAGAACCUGCCACUAUGAUAUUUUUAGUGGUAGAAAGAUGAAAAAAGGCACCAUUCAUUUUCCAAUUAAUUAUCCAAUUUGGGGUCAGCAAGAAGUUGCUGCCAUUCCCAUUACUAGGUCACCCAAAGCCUUUGGAGAUGCUAUGGCCCUCUUUCUUUACCCUCUCCCAGCUCUCAUUCCUGUCUUUUUAGUCUCAUCCCACCCAAGUUAUUCUGUAAACAUGGCCCCUCCCCUGUCUUUUGGGGGUUUAAGCCAUGGCUAGAGGAAAUAGAGGCCUUUUCCUAAAAGAACACAAAGGCAGUUUGGGGCUAUGGAAUAUGGAGGAAGGAGGGCCAUGAUAAUUGUCUAGGGAUAGGGUUUGAGGAGGGGGAGCAGAUGUCCAGGAAGGUCACAUUCUAGGCCCUGGCAUGAAAGGGCUCGAGCCUGAAGGGACAUCUCCAUCUACAUGUACACACCCAUACAGGCACGUACACACAUGGCUAUGUGGGAGGAUGGAGAGCUGAAGGUGGGGCCUGGGGGGAGGGGAGAGCAGAGAAGCCCCUCCCUAGCAGCCUAGAGAAAGACUAGGCGUGGAGCCAGUGCUCCCAAGAGUGCUGCAAAUCCAGCGCCAGCUGCAGGAGGAAGAGUUGAAAAGGGGCAGGUCCCAGCUAAAAGCCCGGCUUGGCCACAAGAUGUGGGGCAGGCUCUGUCUUGGUUGACCCACUGUGACAGUCCUGGCCACCUCAAGUGUCAGCAGGACUCCGCCAAACCUUCCCUUUCUGCUGGGUAGUGUGACCCAAAGCCUGUCCCAUUGCUUGCUGCCCAGCUGCCUCUGGAUCAGUGAAAUGGAAAGUGGUAAGGAUGGAAAACUAUGACUAGGGAGGGUUCUGAAAGUAGUUAGGGACAGAAGUGCCUCUGACAGAAGGAGACAGAUGGAGUGUAUGUGUGUAGCAGAAAGGGACAAAGAGAGGAAACCAGAGAGGGGAUUGUGCCCUGUUUGUACUUGUGCCACAGCCCAAGCUUAUUAGUGCUCCUCCUCCCUCCCCCCAGAUUAGACACAACUCGGCCCUUACUUUAGCAUUGUUUUCCCUGCUCCACGGGCUUCCUGUAGCUUCAAGCGUGGGGUGGGAGAAUGUCUGGAGUUGGCAGGACAUACUCUCUGUUGACUUUUGACCAUAUUCCCUUCAGGAUCCCCCAGUGCCAACCCCACCCCUUUAACCCAGUAACCCUCUGGGGUUAUAAAUUGCAGAGGCAGCUUAGCCCCAAGGAUGGCAUCUUUAAUCAAAGCCUAUAAGUGGGGGCUUUGUCUUUCUAAGCCUAAUACCCACUUCUUCCUUUCUUGCUCCUUGCCCCUUCUCUUCUUUCAGAAGCUGCCUUGAAUUAUGAUUAUUUUAUACUGUAGAAUUGCAUUCAGCUAUUUUCAGCCAAGGGUCAGGGUGGGGGUGGGCUCGGGGCUGUUUCUGAGAAGGGAGCUAGGGACACAAACCUCUUUUAUACAUGCUUCACUUUUUUUCCCCCUUUUAUUCCCUUCCUCCUCUGGAGAGAUGAAGAAAUAGCUGAUGGAGGAUGGGGUGUGGGUGGGGCCCAGGGUCCCUUGGUGCUGAUGGGCUGGUGGGGGGCCAGGCUUUCAGAGGAGCGGGAGAGGGGAGGGAGAUGCAGAGCUAUGAGGCCAUUUCUUUUGGGCUCUAGGGCUCGUGGUCUCUAGUGACUGCAUCCUGAUAAUCAGCCUGACCAAUAAAACUGCUUUUCUAAAAA